AUGUCUUUCUGGCCAUUCACAAACUCGUUCAACAGCAACAGCCAGCUCCAGAAGUUCCUUGAUGGCAUUCAGGACUACGCCUCCGUGUCCAUUGGUGACUUAAUUGACGAUCCAGGUUUACUGCAAGAACUCGUCAGCGAGUUGCACAACAUCAAGGGCCAGUACAACAAUACAAAUAGGUUUGCGUUCUCACAGCUGCUCCAGCAUGCCCAAGUGGGCCAUGAUACAGACAGUAAUUCCAUUACGUCGUCUAGUGACAUCGUGGGAAAUAACAGCAGCAGCAAGGACGCUCGGGGUGUCAAGUUGAUCGAGGUGUUGAUCCAGCCGCACAUUCUCAGUGGGUUUCUUGAUUACAUUUUCAAGAGUGUGGACUUUUUCCACCAGUUGUCUGAAAAGGAAAAUCAGGACCUCGAGAGGAUGUUGACGGACGUCCACCACAGCAGGUCCAUCCAGGAUGAUGGUGAGGACAAAGAUCCUGAAAGUAGUGAAAAUGAAGAAAGUGAAAGCGAAGAAGGUGCUAGGAACGAUGAAACAGGAGACUCGACGAACCAGGACGAGGAAGAUGAGGGUGAAGACCAUGAGUCCCACCAAGAUAAAAUGCGCCGGUGCGUGCAGGUGGCUGCCGAUGUGCUCUCAAUCGACUUGUGGGUGAUCUCGAAUAGAAUUAUAGAAACUCCGGUUAUCAUCAACAAGCUAUGGCUGAUUGUAUAUUUGGACAACUUGGUGGAAAGCUCACCCAGCGUGAACCAUAUUGUUCGGAUUUUGGACCAGUUGAUGAACACCAACGCCAUUGAGCUUUUGAACUAUAUCAGAAACAGAGACGAUUUGGUUGAUAUGUUUUUGAGCAAAUUAGAAGUUCCUAUGUUGAUGGACUUCUUUUUACGUGUGAUCCAGUCAGACAAACCCGACUCUCCCACUGGCAUCAUAGAUACCUUGUAUGCCCAAGAUUUGGUUCCCAAGUUGAUUGAAAUCUUGAAACCGCAUUCCUCUCAAUUCGAUAAAACCACCACCACCAUUCCAAAUCACGAAUUGAUUUUCAAGCAAACGGCUGCUACAGACUUCAUCAAAGCCCUCAUUACUAUUUCUUCCAACACUGCUUUAGCCGUAGCAGUUGAUGCCAAUGUCGGUCCAAACCAGUUAACACGCCAGUUGGUAUCCAAACAAACCAUCGAGCAAUUUGUCUACGAUAUCAUGCUAUACACCGUGAAGGAUCCCAAGACCGGUAUCAAGCAAACUAAUAAGCACGGUAUCAACAACUGCGUGGGAAUAGUUAUCGAAUUAAUCAGGAAGAACAACUCAGACUACGACUUGAACUGUGGUUCUUACAGUUCAUUGCUCCAAACUACAAAUGGAGAACCAACCGAGGUAAAUCCCUAUGUGAUGUUUCAGUGGCUCAAAGAUUUUGAGCAGAAUAUUCCUGGUCCCAAAGACCCCAUUUACUUGGGAGAAAUGCUUGCUAUUUUUUCGGAUAACUUGGACAAAUUCUGUGAGCUAUUAGAAUCAGAACCUGAACUACCAUAUCAUACCAGCACCAAUUCACAUAUGUUGGGGUUUUCGAAGUUUAGAAUUGCUGAAUUGAUAGCUGAAUUGCUUCACUGCUCCAAUAUGGUUCUCAAUAACUCCAAGAAGAUCAGAAAGAUUGUUGAGAUAAGAGACAUUAUCCGGGACAAGCAAACGCAAAGGCUUCAAAAAGCUUUGAAUGAAACCUUUUCUGAUACGCCUGAAUCAGACAUUUCAGUUGAAGACAUAUCCCAUGAUGUGACCAACAUGUCGUUGGAUGAACGUCUGGUAAGCUCAUCCAAAGGAGUUCGUCAAAACAUAGACGCUCUAUUAGAUGGAGAAACCCCCGAUUUCAUCAAACUAAUCGACAGCUUGGACAUCGAGGAAGAAAGCGACGACGAGGAGCCCACUAUAUCGACAGAUAAUCCGUUUGUUUGUGAAAGCCGUGAUGCAACUAUCAGAAGCGAUCCCUGUGUUGGAGACUACUUCAAGAUCAAGUUGAUUGACUCCAAAAUUAUGUUGAACAUCAUAUCCAAAUUCACGGAAUAUCCCUGGCACAACUUCUUCCACAACGUUGUGUUUGACUUGAUACAGCAGAUCUUCAACGGCAAGUUGAACUCAUAUAAUUCCUUCUUGAUCUCUCACUUGUUCAGCAAAGACGAAACCAACUUGAUCAAAGUGAUCGUCAACGCAUAUAAAGCAGAUUUCGACUUGCGACCCGGUUACUUGGGACACCUUAUUCUCAUAAGCGAAGAAGUUGUCAAGUUCACGUCGCUCUACAAGCCCGACUUGAUAUCUCCCCUAAUUGUCGAGGCCGUUUCUUCUGAAGAAUGGACCUGGUUUGUCAGCGACAUACUUCUCCAGACAAGGGAAGUCUAUAACGUGGUGUUGGGUGCUGACCCUUCAGACAAGUACGAGUAUGCAGAAGGAUCCAACAGAGAAACUAACGACGUCGACAACGAUACCCAUGAGUAUGGGUUUGACUCCUCCACCGUCGGAUUCCUCGACAUGGGCAACUAUCAAGGUGAGUCUAAAUCCAAAAGCUUUCUUGGACAUGAUGAUGACGAGGGAGAAAAUGAUUCUUCCAAUGUGGCCGAGGUACGAAUCCAAGACAUGACACCUCGGCUUGAUAAACUCGCAGAUACCGAAGGUUUUGGUGUCGGUGAUGACGACGACCAUGAUGUGGAUCAUUUUUCUCAGGACGGAUUCUUGGAAAACCUCUCUGAGUCCAGUUCCUCUGACGAUGAUGACGAUGAUUUGGCAACUCCUCUGAGUCCCGAUGAUAAUAAGCUCACGCGAGUGAAAAACCAUAAUGCAUGAUUUAGUGGGUAACUUUAUCGUAUGUAAUAUUACACCCGUUAAAUUAGAUAUAUUUAUUUUAUUUGGCUACUCUACUUUCUCUUCUUCAAAUUUUUUCUGCCAUAAAUGACUUUCCCGUUUGGAAGCUCCAACUUAUCACCUUUAUUCUUGUUCAGCUUCUUCUUUGGCUUGGGCUUAUCAUCUUGAUGCUCACUCGCCGGCUCUGCCGUAUCUAUUUGUCCCAAAACAUUUCCCAAACUGCUAUUAUACAAAAACACCGGGAACCGGAAGAAUAAUGUGUCCUUGAACCCUACGCUGGUCUUGAUAUCGUGUUCGUCCAACCGCCAGAGUUGGGUGUUUCCAUUGUCAUCGGUUUCUACCAUGGACACGUCACCAGUGGCAUACACCACAAACUCUUUCCCGUUUGUGGGGCUCGUCACCUGGAUGCUCAGCCCAUCCGUGGGAGGAAGGUUGCCAUUCCAAGCCCCGUAUUUGAUCUGUUCUUUCAACUGAACAACCCGCUUGAAGUCCUGUUGGCGACUGAUUCUCAACGUAAUGAAGUGAAACACACCAACCACCACAUACAAGAACACCACCGUCACCAACAUUGACGGGCGAAACCGCGAAUAGUAGUAGCCGGUUCCCUUCCACUUGGGGAACCCUCUUUCAAGGAAAUAAUCAUACCUGGUCUUCAACAGCUGGUCUCUCAAGAUGUUUCCCACCAACGAAAGACGUUGGAACCGUUCCUCGGCAAUUUCCCUCACAGACUUCUUGGCGGAGUGGAAUUUAUCCGGGUGAAGCAGUCUGGACUUUUUUCGGUAUGCUUUGGAGAUUUCCUCCAAAGUGGACUUGGAACCUUGCUUCAAGUUCAACCACGAGUAGAAAGUGGCACCUUUGCCCAAAUCAUCCUCCACCUGGUCCCGUAACUUGAAGAUCUCGUGGUCCUCGGGUGCCCAGUGGGCGGCGACCGCCAACACCGACGUGAAGGCCAUCAAAAACCCAAUCACAAACACAAUUCUCAUCCUAAGGUAUUAUUCAAUGUCGCGCGACCACUUUGUUGAUGAAGUGU